AAGUCAGCUUGAGCUCGCUACAGCCUACACAGAGCUACAGAAAGUCAUACAAAUAAAAUCAAUAAUAAUCAGUUUCCCUACCAAACAAACAGAGCCCAACAGUUAUCACCAUCACCACUCCUCUGGAACUUAUCACAUCUAAAUUUCCAAUUAGAUCUCUUUGUAACACUCGAAUCAAAUGGCUUACAGUUCAACAAGUUGUGAUCUAGGGGCGUGGAGUUGAGAUGCAGCCGAAUCUGUUCCCAUUCGUUACCGUAUCGGGGAAUCCUUUUCUGUUCAAUGAAGAUUUGAGGGAGGGAGGAGGUUUCCAGAGCUCUAGCGUCUUCUUCUUGGUCCCGUUCUUGUUAUUCCAAGGAGGCGGAAUGGAUUUGUCCAAGGUCGGUGAGAAGAUUCUUAGUUCCGUACGCUCCGCUAGAUCCAUUGGACUAUUGCCUUCCUCUUCUGAUCGGCCCGAGGUUCCAGCUAGGGCUGCGGCAGCUGCAGUUGUUGCUCGUGCUCUUGCAGGACUGCCUGCUCACCAAAGGUUCAGUCUUCCGUCGAGUUCUGAAGAACUUCGCUCUAUAUAUGGAAGUAGACCUCAGGUUGAGAUAGUGGAAGAGCUAGAAGAAGAGUUCUACAAAGAGGAUUUUGAUCCAAUAAGUCAUAUUUUAGAGCAUAUUCCCUCUGAAGAAAAUGAGCUUGAAUAUUUUGAGAAACAGGCCACUCUUCGAAUAUCACAACUAGAUAGAGUAGCUGAGCUUCUAUCUCGCAAUGUCAUGGAGCAUCAUGAAGUUAUGGUGAAGGGGAUGAAUUUAGUCAGGGAACUGGAGAAAGACUUGAAGGUUGCUAAUGUUAUCUGUAUGAAUGGAAGACGCCAUAUAAACUCAUCAAUCAAUGAAGUUUCAAGGGAUCUCAUUGUAAAUGCUAAUUCGAAAAAGAAGCAAACACUUCUGGACAUGAUUCCAAUAUUGACUGAGCUUUGUGUUGCUCGGGACAUGCAAUUGGCACUUGAAUCCCUUGUUGAGGGAGGAAAUUACUGCAAGGCAUUUCAAGUCCUCUCUGAGUAUUUGCAGCUACUAGAUAGUUAUUCAGAGCUCUCAGCAAUACAAGAGAUGAGCCGUGGUGUUGAGGUUUGGCUGAGCAGAACUCUUCAGAAGCUGGAUUCUUUACUGUUGGGAGUGUGCCAGGAGUUUAAAGAGGAGGCAUAUAUUAAUGUUGUUGAUGCUUAUGCAUUAAUCGGGGAUGUAUCUGGUCUUGCUGAGAAGAUACAAAGCUUCUUUAUGCAGGAAGUUAUUUCGGAGACCCACUUUGUGUUGAAGAGUAUAGUGCUAGAGGAUCAUGAUUUGGACAUGCAAAAUUUUCAAUUCAGACUUACCUACAGUGAUCUGUGCCUGAGGAUACCUGAAUCUAAGUUCAGACAGUGUUUAUUGAAAACGUUAGCCGUUUUAUUUAAGUUGAUGUGUUCAUAUCAUGAAAUUAUGAGCUUUCAGCCAGAGAAUAAGAGUUCUCUGUGUCAGACCUCAAAUAGGAAAAAGGAUAGUGAUAUCUCUUGGAGUUCAGGAGAGGUUCAGCAAAUUGAUUCACUCAGUAGAAAUUCUUGCAAUUCCAUGGGAGUUAAUGACUCUCUCUCUGAAUCUGUAGACAAGACGUCUGGUUUGUCUUCUGCAGUGGAAUCUACAACCACCAUCUCUUUGGCUGAGCCAGCAGGGACUAGUUCAACAUGCAUAGAAUCUCAAGGUUCUGUAGAGGAGGCUAGGGAUGAUGGUAGUGCAGCAUCCAGUAGUGGAUCCCCAUGGUAUCAGCUCCGAAAAGAUGCUACUGCUUUUGUUUCACAAACUCUUCUGAGAGGCCGUAAGAAUCUUUGGCAACUUACGACUAGUCGGGUAUCAGUAUUGCUUUCUUCAGCUGCGGUUUGUUCUACAAGCAUUCACCAAUUCUUGAAAAAUUACGAAGAUUUGAAUGUCUUCAUCUUGGCUGGGGAAGCCUUCUGUGGGAUUGAGGCAGUUGAGUUCAGGCACAAAUUGAAGGCUGUUUGUGAAAAUUAUUUUGUAGCAUUUCAUCGUCAAAGUAUAUUUGCGCUUAAAAUGGUUCUGGAGAAGGAAAUUUGGAUGAAAUUGCCGCCAGAUACUGUAGAAGGGGUUAGUUUUGCUGGGCUUGUAGGUGAUGGAGCAGCUUUAAUUGCUUCAUCCAACUCUUCUAAUGCUAGAGUACUUCAUUCUGAUAAAUCUGCGAAUUCAGUCAGUAGCAGUGCCGAGAAAAGUGGAUUUUCUCAUUGGGUUAAAUCUGGGAACCCUUUUUCAGUAAAAUUAACAUAUACUUCCAAAGAAGGUCCUAAUUCCCCCCAACUUAAUGGAGCUACUGCUGGGGAAUGCGAUGGAAAUAUUAAUGAUUAUUGUCAUGGUGAUAAGGCCACUCCAAAAAGUGGUGGUGCAAGUCGCAUGAAUGGUAUCAAUUCGAUCCUAGAAGAUGAAAAUGAAGAUCUUCUUGCAGAUUUUAUAGAUGAAGAUAGUCAACUUCCAAGUCGAAUUUCAAAAUCCAAUAAUCGGAGAAUUCACUCUUCAAAUUCAAACGAUGACGAAACAACUGCCCAAACAGGAUCAUCUCUUUGCCUUCUCAGGUCGAUGGAUAAAUAUGCAAGGCUUAUGCAGAAAUUAGAAAUUGUUAAUUUUGAGUUUUUUAAGGGGAUAUGCCAAUUGUUUGACGUUUUUUUCUAUUAUGUAUUUGAAACAUUCGGUCAGCAAAACAAUAAUUCAAAUGCAAAAGGCUCAAACAACCCACUUAAUUAUCGGCUGAAGACAGCCUUAACCAGGAUAGCACAAGAUUGUGAUGAGUGGUUAAAACCACAGUUGACAUCAUUUUUACCCUCUUCACCUGCACCUUUGACUCAUGUGGAUGUUACACCUACUAGUCCUCCGAGUCACCCACCAGGCUCAUCUUUUGGUCUCAAGGAAAGGUGUGCAGGUGCUGACACUAUAUCUCUUGUUGCUCGGUUUUUGUAUAGAUCAAGAACUCAUCUCCAGUCAAUGCUUCUGCAAAGUAAUGCAGUUGAAGAUUUCUAUGUCCACCUGGUGGACUCUGUGCCAGAUCUUACGGAGCACAUACAUAGGACAACUGCAAGAUUACUGCUCCAUAUUGAUGGCUAUGUUGAUCGAAUUUCUAAUGCUAAAUGGGAAGUAAAGGAGCUUGGACUUGAACAUAAUGGAUAUGUUGAUUUGUUGUUGGGAGAAUUUAAGCACUAUAAAACAAGGCUUGCUCAUGGAGGUAUUCGCAAAGAGGUUCAAGACCGCCUGUUAGAAUAUGGAGUUGAAAUUGUUGCUGAAACUCUUAUAGAAGGUCUAUCAAGAGUAAAGAGAUGUACUGAUGAAGGACGAGCUCUCAUGUCAUUAGAUCUUCAGGUUUUAAUCAAUGGUCUCCAACAUUUUGUCUCCAUGAAUGUCAAGCCAAAGUUACAAAUAGUUGAAACUUUCAUCAAGGCUUACUACCUACCGGAAACUGAAUAUGUUCACUGGGCAGCUGCUCACCCUGAAUAUAGCAAAAGUCAAAUUGUGGGGCUGAUCAACCUCGUAGCUUCAAUGAAAGGUUGGAAGAGAAAAACCAGGUUGGAAACACUAGAAAAGAUUGAGUCAGCCGUUGUGUAGUGGACAAAACCAUGUAAAGUUUCAGGCUUCGCAAUACCCUUUUUUUUGGGGGGGUCCUUUUCACAGUGAUGUAAAUUGAUCUCACUUAAUUAUGUAGAGUGCAUUUUAAGGUUGUAUAUUUUGAGAUGCCUCUCUCUGUAAUUCAUGGUCUUCCUUAUAAGGAAAUGUCAGAUGUAAUUUUGGAUCACAUCAUAUCUCAACAUAAUGAGUUUGUUUUCAA